GGCGGCCAGUUUCAUCCACUUAUAGAGCCGCUUUUCCGAUCUCUCAUCCUCUGCUUUCCAUUAUCCCCUUAAUACUUUAUUUCCCCUCUUUUCUUCGUUAUGCCUGGCGACCUGCUCAAGAGGCGCAAAAUCGCCGUGCUUGGUGCUCGGUCCGUCGGAAAAUCCUCUCUCGUCGUCCAGUUCAUUGAGAACCAUUUCGUGGAGGGAUACUAUCCGACGAUCGAGAACACGUUCAGCAAGAGUAUCAAGUACAAGGGUGUCGAGUACGACUGCGACAUCAUCGACACCGCCGGUCAGGAUGAGUACUCGAUACUCAACGCCAAGCACGCGAUUGGCAUACACGGAUUCGUCUUGGUGUAUUCAGUUACAUCGAGAAACUCCUUCAACAUGAUCCAGACGGUGUACGACAAGAUCGUCAACUUCUGUGGAUUACCGUCAAUACCCUGUGUCAUCGUCGGCGCAAAGACGGACCUGCAAAAUAGGAACAGACAGGUCCAGCCUGACGAAGGGGAGAAUUUGGCCAAGGAGAACCACGCUGCAUGGGUCGAAACAAGUGCGAAGAAUAACGUUAACGUCGGCAAGGUUUUCGAACUGUGUCUCGCAGAGAUCGAGAAACGAACGCCCGCAAACCAGACUGAACCUCCAACAAGCCGUUGCAUCAUUAUGUGACAGCAGUCCAUUCCAUGCACCUCCAUCUCUGCAUCCCCCCGUAUCGAACAUCCUUAUAAUUUCCGCAUCCCCCACCACCAUCUCCCACAACGCCGGUUCGGUUCCAAUUUCUCGGUCUCAUUGCUCUUGUAUGACCUAUGCCGUUCUUCGCAUCGCAUUGAGGACAUGCUCGGCCCUCUCUUACAGUGUCCUUGUUCAUCUUCUUCCUUGGGUUAUUAUGUUUUCUCCCGGGGUUGAUGUCGAUAGUCCAGCGGACAGGACUACCUACUACACCUCACGCGCCGGUAUUGCUCUCGUGUUCCUAUUCAUAUGUACAUCUGUAACAUCCAUCCAUCCGCAUUACCGCAUUACUUGUUGUUGUGCACCCCGGCGCCUCUUCUAUACUGUAUGUUCUCCCCGGUGGCUCGUAAUUCUAGAAGCUUAUUUAACGCGCACUUCAUUGUGUCAUGGUGAC